AUGGCGACUCGCACCGUCAUCGAGAUUCCGAAAACAACAUCCGGCCCUGCCGAUCCCCACGCGUCCAGCAUCCUCACCACUCUACCGCCUGAGAUCCGCAACCGCAUCUACGAGUACCUGUUCAAGAGAGACCGGCCUGUUAUCGUAGACGACGGCCAGGCGCAUGUGGAACUUUGGGAAAGGAGUCAUGGCAUUCACUAUACGCACGGUAGCGUCGAGCAGCAAGUAAGGGAUGAAGAUUUGUGUGAUGUCUUCGCAGGUUGCACCGACCUUCUACUAUCAUGCCGGCAAGUCUACCAUGAAGCCGUCGGUGUCCUCUACGGCCAGAACACUUUCUUCUUCUCUCGGUUCCUCGAACGUCAGAUGCACUUUACCUGCACAUGGCUGUCGGGAAUUGGAUCACACUAUCAGCUCCUAUCUCGCGUAAGCAUGGACGCAGAUGCACCAUAUCGACGAUACAAUCUGUUACCGCUGUUGAAGUUCAUCUGGAACAACCCUCAGGCCAAAUGUGAAUUUGCCUUCGUUCGUUCCGGAUCUUCGGAGUACAUAGGACGGAACAAGAGCGCUGAACUCUACGAUCCAGUCACUGCAGCGGAUCCCAUGAACAAUAUCCUCUUUCAGUUAGGCACCGCAGACGUUCUCAACCUCAGGCAAUAUGCCAGAUACUCGGGCCUGGUCUCAUCAAUAAUCGUCUGGUACAGUGAGUUUGACCAUCAUGGAUUCGUCCAAUACGAUGCUUCUGAUAUAUCACGUUCCUUCCCGGAUCCGGAGAGAUGGUUCGACAUCUCAGACCAUGGUUCCAAGGUUCAGUGGAAAGAAUCUGAACAGUUAAACCUUCUGUCCUUGCCUGAAGAGUUCCUGUCGGCCAUCAACGCGUACGCACGCGCAUCCGACACAAACGUCACAUUCGACCUGGAUAUCAACAAAGCCCGGGGUUACCACGUCGGCCUCAGCGGAGUCAAUACCUCGCUACGGAACGACAUCGACCUCAUGAAAGCGCGAGUAUACGACGAGAUCAUGAUUCGUAUGUCUACCCAGAAAGACACGACCGACUUCAACGGCUUUAAGGCCUUACAAGAGAUGUUGAACAUUGACAACUUUUCGAAUCUGGUCGUUCCGUACCUCCGCAGAGAGGGGCAGUGUCCUAUCAACAUGGUUUUGAUGUUCAAGCUCUCUACACCAAAGCCUGUCGCGGAUCUUCGUAUCAACAUCACUAAACUUUUACAUACAUUCACACGCGCCUAUGGGGACCUUAGCAUCACUAUUCAAGGAUCCGAUAGCGGGAUGAGCGGCACACGGUCGAUCAUGUGGCAUCACAUUCAGAGUGCAGUAUUGCUCUUGCUGUCAGAUGUAUUGGAGCAGUAUCCAUUGGAAGCCAACCGGCCUCUUCCAAACAUAUGGAUGAACGGUCAUGGUACCGUCCUACGCGCCACAUACCACGCCAAGACCACGUCCGAAGACACCAUCAUUUCUUGUUCGUAUGCCAUCGACGAUCCGAUCGACCUCCUCACCCAAGGUAUUCGCAGGAUCAGUUGUCUUGAUCAAGGUGGUAUAUCGAAGCAUCUUAGGGUUGCUAGCCAACAAUCUGGACCGAGUUCCGGUAGCCUGUUCGGUAUGUGGUUCCACUUACGGCACUCUCUUGGGAUGUGCGACGACGUGUGA